AUGCCGUCUCCCCGAAAGGAAAAAGCUACAGCCCUCUCCUCUUACAUCGGCUUUCCCGAGCACCUGAUGCAAAAGGCCGGAUUCUACAAGCAUCCCUUUUUAUUCCUCGUAUCUGUUGCCGUAUUCCACUUGAUCUACUACCGGACCUGCCAGCUCGACUUGGACUUGGCUACCCAGAGCAGAGUUCUCGCUGCGAUCGUUACGGCCAUUGAUCGGACUUAUAUACUCUGCAUUGUGGCUGGUGCAAUCGCCCUGCUUGCGACAUUUGGUAUGACAUGGGAGCGGUUGUUCAUCAACGCUACGGCUGCUGCAUGA